UUGUGGUCCGAUCUGUUUAACCUGUGGUCCGGUUUGUGUGUACGAUCGCGAUUUUUGGUAGGCAAUUGUGUGAGCCGUGCGACGUUCACAGAACCGGAACAAGCGACACUCAGAGGGACAUUGCGGGCUGUGCCUCGUAUUUGUGUGACGAUUGGUGUGCGAAUCGAUUGCCGUUCCGGACACGCACGUGGGAACAGCUUUGCGAUGUCCUGUCGACGAUCGUUGGUGCAGCUUCCGGUGCUGGUGGGUUUGCUGAUCGUGUUGAUCGGUAGCCGGCUUGAUGGAGCGUACGGGUCGAGUUCGGCUGAAAACCGAGCGAAUUUACCCUCGCAACAUUGUUUGGAUUUAAACCCACAGCAAGGGCUCGAUCUUGAGCAGAUCAUGGGCAUCUGGUACGGAAACGAAGUGAUCACGCAUGGCGGCUACGAAGAGGGCGAAGUGGUGUACAAGACCUGCGUCGUCAUCCACCUGGCGGACGUGAUGAAUCAGACCACCUUCGAUUACAACACGAAAUACGCCGAUCGGCUCGGUUCGACCUAUAACGUGCGGCUCGGAACGUCCUACGGAUACGGCGCUAGUGGAGGCGGCCACAGUGGCCACCAGGGAUCCAACCAGGGUCAGUACGAUCCGCAGAACCGACGCCAACAGGGUUCGGGAGGCUACCAGUACCAGGGACAACAGCAGCACCAGGAACCGAACAGUAUGCGGUUGCUGCGCCUGAUCUGGGACGAAUCGGAAAAUACGCUCGAGUACACGCUGCGAUACAACACGUCCCGGCCUGGGUUCUGGCUGUCCGCUGCACCUCAAUCCGGUUCGUUGGCUCAGCUGCAGUACGUGCAGUUCACAGGGACGGUUCAGGUGCUGAAAGCCAUCAACAAUCAGCUCGUGCUCAACUUCUGCCAGAGCUUACCCGGUGGUCAGCAGUUUACGGUCGUGUUGUCGCGCCUCCCGAUGGGUCUCGGACCGGAGGAUAUACAGAGCAUCCGGAACAUGCUGCGACGCCGCGGUCUCUCGACGAUGUCCAUACGGAAGGUCUGCCAGAACGCGGGUUUCCGAAGCGAAAUGUCACUGAUCACGUUCGUCCUGUUGGCUGUUGCAUCCGCUUUCGUCAAACGGCUGCACUAAGCCAGCGAAACUUGGUCUUUUCACCAUCCGUGCCAUUCUCAUCCAUCGCCGUCUCGGAACAUCUAUGUCCUGGUGGUGCAUUUUGUGCUGUAUUUUACAUUGCAGUUUGUCUUUAAUUUUUUGUUGUUGCUCAUUCCAUUCCAACACCAUCAUUCCAAAGAAGGGAUUUGCACGACGCCAUGCCGCUAGUAGAUGCGAAAAAAAAGGAAGCGUUCCUUGGAUUAAGUUAUUUUUGUGCGUUUCAUAGCUUACCCCAUCUCUACCUGUAAGACUUUAUGAUCAGUAUGCGAACUGUAUUACGAUUUUUUCCCUUUCAAAUA